AUGACCACCGAAAGUGAUGCCGUGGCCGGUGCCACUAUCGAGCUCCUUGAAGCCCGCCUCCGCCGCCUCACCUACCUCCUCACGGGCGCCACCGACUGGGCCGGCGUCCCAACCACCCCCGAGAAACCCACGACCCUAGACGAGACCGUCACCCGCCGACUGGCGCAUCUCGAAUCCGAUCUCGAAAGACUCAACCGCGCCGUUCCCGCCGCCCGGGACAUUCUCCAACUUCACGACCGCAAUCCCGACCUCUUCCAAACCACUCCCCCCCACGAAAUCCCUGAAGGCCUCUCCUCCCAAACUCUCGCUGCCAUGGUCCUUUCCUACGCCACCGCAUUCCCUGAAACCGCCUCCCGACUCACCUCCCUCCAGGACCUCCCUGUUCCGGACGCGCAGAGCUCCGCCUCGCUGAUCGACCUUCAGCCUCAGCUUGAUCGUCUUGCACAGGUGCAGACGGCACAGGCGGCCGAGAUCUCCGAGUUGCGGGUGCGUACGGCCAGUGUUCUUCAGCGGUGGUAUGAGGUUGGCCUAGUGGGGAGUGGAGAGGUUUGGGCAGAAUGGGAAGGGAGACUCGAGGAUGUGGAGAGAGAAACACGGAGGAAAGAGGUUAUUGUCCACCAGAGGGAGGAUGUUUGA